AUGGAUGACGUUGGCUCAUCGGCAAGAACAACCCCGGAUUCGGGACUGGCUGCUGAUGAUCAAAUGAGACAUCAGGAACGUCGUGUUCCACCUCCAGGAUUUCUUCAGUACGACUGCCCGCCUGUUUUUCGUGGUUUACGAUAUGAAACUGACUCUUCUAUGGUUGGCUGUGAACCUAUGACUUACAGUAGGCCUCAAUUAAUGAUGGGUAGUCAAAGUCAUCAUGUCUCCAGUGCACGUUAUGACGAUCACAGUCUAUCAAGAGUGGCGCAUCCACCUAUCAGUGUUGCAAAUCAUCAUGUGAAUUCCUCAGCAGGAAGCUUCUCGCAAAUAGGAUAUUAUGGUGUGGGAGGCAAUACAGGAGGCACCGUAGCAAUGCAGCGCCCACAGAUCCCAUCAGGAUAUGAGAGUGAGGUUCUUCCACAGCAACAACCUCAUGCUCAUCAAGUGCAACAAGCUAUGACGCAUUAUUAUGGACCGAAUCAACAUCCACCGAAUACAGUUCAGUAUCAGCAGUCUGUGAACGGGCAUAUUGUUUUCAAUGGACAACCAUUGCAACAGGAACCACAGCAGCAAACACAGCUUGUGAACCAGACACCACAAACUGUGAUGACCGUUCAACAACGUGGUGGAGGACAGUUUAUUGUUCCAGUGCCGCAUCCUCAGAUGGUCGCUCCUCAAUACAUUGGUCAACAAGUGAUGCCACCAGCACAUUAUCAACCUUCGGGAGUGUAUAUGCAACCAGCAGUCCGACCGCGUACACAGUUCACCGAUGAGGUAAUGCCGAGAAGUGUUCUGAGCAUCGGAUUAAACUUUCGACGUAGAACUGAACUUUCUACGGAUCAACGCGUGAAUAUUGCCAUGUCACCCGAAAACAAAGUACAUGCUUACAUCGAGGAGACAGUUUUUGUUCCCCGUGCGGAAGUAGGCUAUUCCCCGAUGGAGCACUCACAACCUGUUGUGGUUCCUAUGCCAUUUGUUGUUCAUCACGCGCUUCCAAGCCAACCUUCAGAUCAAUCACAUCCAUCAUAUCAACAAACUGUGAUUGAACAGUCACACGUAACAGUAGAACAGUUUGGUGAAUCGGAAUUUAUUUCUUCCGUGCCAGCAGUUCAGCCUGUGCGACCUAUGAGCAUGCCUCCAGGAGUACCAAAUGGACUGCCACCAUUUGUGAGUGUUAUGCAUCAAGCCACUCAGCAAUCGCUGAGCGAAUCGCGCAACGCAACGGCAUCCAUUCCACCAUUGGUAACGCCAUCUUCGAGUUACGGACCACUGCCAUAUCCGCGAAUGUACGGGUUCCACCCAAGUGCCAUAGCACCACCAUUUGUAAUGGCAUCUCAUUUCGGUAUGCCGCACAUAAUGCAUUCUUCACCUGGCCGAGGACGUAAUUCUCGUAUGAGCUCCAGUUUCCGUGGUACAUCGUCGUUCUACAGCAAGAAUAAGGAUUUGUCGUUGAAUGCAGAAGAGACUAACGGAUGUGAGGCAGAAGAUGGGCAUGAACUGGGCAAGGAACCUGUUUUAGAAGAGCAAAAAGAAGAAAAAGAACAGGAGACUUUUCAAAAAUCCGAAUCACCACCUCAACCAAAAUCUGAUUUGAAACCUGAGGUCACCAAAGAGCUUCUUCCACUUGUUGCUUCUAAGGCGGAAUCGGAGAAGCGUGCAGCCGUUCCGAUAGUAGCAGUUGCACCCGUGAUGUCGGUAAAAGCUGAAGUUGUUCAAACCGAGAACAAGGAACUGGAUGAAGAUGAUAUGCCUGUUAAAGAGAAUGUGGAAUUGCGUAUAAGAGACUCCGAACCAACGGUACCUGUGCAGGCUUUACCAACUUCAUAUUCGUCCUCAGUUUCCAUAAUGUUGGACUGCACGUUUUGUCGAAGCCUUGGGAAGUCAGAGGAAGUCGCCACAUCUCAUGUAAUCCGUGGUCCAGAUGGAAAAGUUACAUGCCCAGAGCUACGCAAGCGAACGUGCAGUAUUUGUGGAGCAACUGGUGACAAUUCGCAUGCUGCAGUAUUUUGCCCCUUGAAGUCUCAGCAGCAAAUAAGUGAGUGUCGGGACGUCCGGGAAGUAGAUAUGAGGGUGGUAGACGUCCCAAAAAUUCCGCAUACAGACCAACAAAGGUCUCCUGGUAACUACAAAAAGCCGAUGGUAUUUGAAAGGAGAGGUGGUGGUGCACAUCGCGGAAGUUACGGCGGAAGUACACAUCGAGGAGGUUACAGUCAGGGUCGUGGUAGUGGUAGAUACCAACCGAGGAAUCGACACUACAAUUAG